AUGGGUAUCUCUCGUGACUCGCGGCACAAGCGCCGCGCGACUGGUGGCAAGCGCGCUGGCUGGCGCAAGAAGCGCAAGUACGAGAUGGGCCGCCAGGCCGCCAACACCAAGCUUGUGUCUUCGGGCGCUGAGAAGCGCAUCCACCCGUACCGCGUCCGCGGCGGCAACUACAAGUUCCGUGCCCUCCGCCUGGACUGCGGCAACUUCUCGUGGCCCUCGGAGGCUGUGACCCGCAAGUGCCGCAUCAUCGAUGUCGUGUACAACGCCACGUCGAACGAGCUCCUGCGUACCAAGACCCUGGUCAAGUCGGCCAUUUACUACAAGUCGUACUACGGCAUUGCCCUUGGCAAGAACCCCGAGGCCGUCAAGCGCCAGUCCAAGCACGUCAAGCGCGCUGCUGACCUCGAGCCGCUCGAGGAGGCCAUCAAGCGCCAGUUCAACACUGGCCGCCUCUACGCCAAGCUCACCUCGCGCCCUGGCCAGUGCGGCCGCGCCGACGGUUACGUCCUCGAGGGUGAGGAGCUCGACUUCUACGUCCGCAAGAUGAAGUAA